AUGGGGGUCCUCCUCCUCCGCCGGCCCCCCCUGAUCCUGCGGGCGGCUGCCCACCUGCUGCUGCUCCUGGUCUGCGUAGGCUCCACUUCUCACUCCCUGCGCUACUUCUACACAGCCGUGUCUGAGCCUGGCCAGGAGCUGCCCCAGUUCAUCAUGGUCGGGUACGUGGAUGACCAGCCAUUUGUUCAGUACGACAGUGACACCAAGGAGGCGCUGCCUCAGGUCCCCUGGAUAAGGAAGGCGGAAAAGGAGGAUCCUCAGUACUGGAAGAAGAUCACACAUCUCUUUCAGGACACUGAGAGAGUUCUGUGGUGGAACCUGGCAACCCUGCAGAAUCGCUUCAACCAGAGCGGAGGUUAUUCCUCCCUGCAGGAGAUGCUUGGUUGUGAGCUGAGGUCAGACGGGCGCAAAGAAGGGUAUUGGCAGUUUGGCUACAAUGGGAGGGACUUCAUCGCCUUCGACAAGGAGACCCUCACCUGGACGGCAGCUGAUACAGGGGCCCAAGUGACCAAGAGGAAGUUGGAUCCUAUCGUGGACCAGAACCAGUACCGGAAGGCCUACCUGGAGAAGGAGUGCAUUGACUGGCUGCAGAAAUACCUGGAGUACGGGAAGGAGACUCUGCGAAGUAAAGAGGCUCCGGUGGUGAAGGUGACCAGGAAGGCAGACUAUGACGGCCUGGAGACCCUCGUUUGCCAAGUCCACGGCUUCUACCCCAAGGAGAUUGAGGCCAACUGGGUGAAGGACGGGGAGGUCUGGCAGGAGGGCACCCUCCGAGGAUUGGUCGCCCCCAACUCGGACGGGACCUACUAUCUCUUGCUCAGUGUCCAGAUCGACCCCGAGGAGAGGGAGCGCUUCCGGUGCCGCGUGGAGCACGACAGCCUGGAGAAGCCUCUGGACGUGGCCUGGGAGAAGGAGCCAGCCAACCUGGGGCUCAUUGUGGGAGCCAUUCUGGGUGUCAUGGCGGCCAUCCUGCUGGUCUCUGGGAUCAUCUUCUUCAUCAUCCGCAGGAAACAGAGUGAGAUAUUAGUCUACAAAGCAACCUCAAGUGAGUGACUCCUCCCCUCUCUC